UCCAGGGGGCUCCUGGCGUCCCGGCGGCCACCAUGCUCAGCGUUCUGCACUUCCUCCGGAGCUUCUUCAAGGCUCCAGAGCCAGGUGCACCCUCACCCGGGGAAGGUGACACUGAAGAGCUCCCCCCAGCCCCUGCAGAACCAGAGGAGCAGAGAUGGAGCCGGGAUGCUGACCACGACGACUUUGAGACGCUGUCCCAUCAGAGUGAAAGCCGAUCAGACACAAGGACCGACCUCUUUGAAAGUGCCUCCGACGCAGAGUCUCUCCUGGGUGACCUCGCUGGUGGGGUCUACUUCCCUCCAGGUGGCUGCUCGGCAGUCCCAGCAACAACACCUCCUCAGGAGCCACACUUGACCUGUGUCCCUUGGUUGGAUGCAGAAGAGCUAGAUUUGUCCCCUGGCUCAGGGGAAGAAUCGCACAAGAAUGAGCUGCCAGCCUCCGCUGCAGUUACUGGAGAAGGGGAAGUGGAACACGUCUGGGACUGCGUGACCAGCCUGGAGCGAGAGUAUGUGUUGGCAAGGGCUUCCCAACACGCAAGGUGCUGCCCGCAGAAUGCCAAGGACGGCAGCAAUCCCCAGCCUGCACAGUGGGUGACCGCUCACGACGCCAGGGAGCUCCCUGUUGUUCCUCUGCAGAAAUCCAGGUCUGAGAGCUGUCUCAGCAUCCCACGGGUCUGGCCCUUGCUACUCCAGUGCUGUGAACUUGGUCAGAGCUGGCCACAUAUCCACAGCAGGCCUAGGGCACCAGUGCCACCUUGCAGAAGUCCACUGGACAACACAGCCCCUCUGGGGGCCAGGACAAAGAAGGGACGUGCCCCCGGCACCACAGUGGUCCCAGACUUGCUCUGGGCCCAGUCUUGCUUCGACAGCCCCUGCCAGUUUCCAGCGGGGCCAUCUUGCCUCCUGCACAGCAAGUUGCACCACAGCGUUCCGGAAAACAUUGGUGACGCGAGCAGGGCAGUCCCAGGGCACCGCUGCCGGCACAUGAGGACACUGAGCAGGGCUCAUUCCACAGCAGGGUUUCCCUUAGAUUCCCCUGAGGAGCCCCUGGGCCCGAACUGUGGGGCAUUUGGAGUUCAUUCAAAGGAAGGGGCAGAGACAAGAGAACUAAGCACACCCAACGGCCUUUCCCCUGCGCCCACCCAGCUGGCUCACUCACUUCCCGCUUCCCCCAGGGGGCCUCCUCGCCUACAGAGCCAGUGCAAACCCAGCGGUUUCAGCUCAAGAAGGACCUCGCGGGACACGCCCUCUGCAGGUGUGCUGCAGGUAAACCAGCAGGGACAGGACUCCAGGCCGCGCCCGGUGGUGAAGCUCCGCCCAGGGGUGGUGGCCAGGCCCUCGGAGUGCAGGUCAGAACAGAGCCCAGCAAGCCGACCUGAGCAACCCCAGGGCCCUCGCCCUGCUGAUGGCAGAGAUACACAAAAGCACCUUCAGGGAGGAGCUAUUGAGGCAGGAAGCCAAACCAGUGAUGAUGCAUCCACGUAUGCUCUCAGGGAGCAAAGAAAGCUGCCCCCCACAAGUGCCAAGUUCCCACACCACUGUAGCUGUGGCGGGACCCCCGCUUGGAAGACAGACCCGAUGGGUGGCUUGGAAGUGAAUGGCGGUUCAGAGACCCCCGAGAACUCCACGAAGUCAGCAGCAAUAGUCACUUCCGAAGAAGCACAAGAGGCGUUGGUUCUCGACCAGCACUGCAGAAAAAAUGCCUUGCAUGGUCAUUCUGAACUCGGAGCCCCUGACGGCAGCCCUGGGGAUGAGGAAGGUGACCAGAAGCCUGCAGGGGGCGCCCAGCCCUUCGCAGCGGGGGCCUCCAGCGGCAGGUGCACGCUCUUCAUUAUAGCUGUGGAGCAUAAAGGCCUUCAGGCCACCACGAGCAAAGCCGGGCCUGUGCCCGGAACACAGACCAGAGGCUUUACGGAGCAAAGAGAGCCAUCCCCCGGCAGGACCGGCACGACCCCCUGGGGGUCUCCUGGGGACAGGAAAGCAGCACCAACGUGUAGCACGGAGGGUGAGCUGCCAGCAGGCCCCGCAUUGGGGGCGGGCGAUGGGGCUCUUCAGCCCGUGGCCCAAGCCACAGAGCUUGGAGCUCUGGUCCCUCAAGCCGAUUCGCGGGAAACAUUAGGCACAGAGGCGGCCCCGGAAGAGAACCUGCCUGGGGAGAACCAGAGCCCCAGGCCUGAGGAUGCACACCUGGCCGAGGGCCCCAGGCCGCCGAGCCCCGAGCGGGACGUGGUGGACGCGGAAGAGAGCGCCGGCCUCCUAACCCACGAGGACCACGAGGCCCGCGCCCACGCGCUGCACCCGGCGGGAGUCCCCGGCCAGCUCCGCAAGGCCGCGCAGGAGCCGGGGAAACGCCUGCGAUCUUCCAAGGCGACCUCCUUUAGGAAAAGCAGGCCCGGGGCCGCUGAGAGCCCGGAAGGCGCCAUGUCGGCCCGCGAGGCGCUCCACGCGGAGAGUCCCUUAGGGACCGGCUGGGACCCGGCCCCUCGGGAGCACGUGGGCGACAGCGUGUCCGCAGAGCCAGGCCCAGGGUUGGCAGCAGGCGGCGAGGCGGACACCCCGAGGGAACUGGGCGGCAGGAGACCCUCCUCAGAGAGCUGCCACGCCAAGACACUCAGAACCACUGAGAAAAGGCUCAGGGCGAGGCUUGCCUUGGCUCAGAAGACCGUGUCCCAUUUUUUCGAGUCCAGAGUUUCCGAGAGGGAGCGCACACGGGACCGGCCUCCAGCGCCUCUCAAGGGCGAGGACAAGCGCCGGCCGCGCCAGAGCUCCUGGCGCGUGUUUCUGAGAAGCAAAGGGCCCCCCGAGGCAGGUCUGCUUCCAGGAUCAGAGCCCCCGGAGACCCCCAGCCCCUCCACCGCCAAGCCCGGAGGCCGCUGUGCUGGGCAGGCCGAGGACGCCGACGGUAGUGUGUUCGGAGACCCCUGGACGCCCCCACGCGCCCCUGCGCCUUUGGCCUCCUCUCCCGGACUCAGGAGGAAAAGCGAGCCGGCCAUCAAGUGUGCCUCACCCCACAAUGGCAGCAGGUGCCUGUCCUCAGGCGCCUCCCCUCGGGCCCAGCAAGCGGGGAUCAACAGCAGCCUUCCCUCCAGCUCUGCCUGCUGCCUAGCUUCUGAAGACCAGGCUAUGCCCUGCAGACCCAUGAGCCCCAAGCCCCGGAGCCCCCGGCCGGGCGUUCAGCGAGGGGACCUGCGCUACACUGGCAGGGGCAGUGCCAUCUCCAUGGUUUCUCUGGGCAGCUACAACGACGUGGACAGCACCGCGGAGAACUCUGGAAGGCUCAGGUCCCCCAGGGCCCGGACAAGUCUCCUGCUUUCUCUGCAGACGCUUACUCAUGACGUCCAGAACGAAGAGUGUGCGAGGGGAGCCCCGCGUAACCCCGGCCUGACUGCGGGGCCCUCGCUCCGGGACCUUCCUGGAAGUGAGAACCCCGAGCCCUGGGAAGAACCACCAGAGGAGGCCCCCAGAGAGGCCCCGCCCCACGCAAGGAGCACCGCUCAGCGCCUACGCUGCAGUGCGGAUGACCUGUGGCUGCAGAAGACACAGAGGAAGAGGCUGGAGGAGCAGGCCCAGCCCUACAAGGCCCCAAAGCAGAGAAUAAGGCUUGCGUGCGCGCGUGCGUGCGCGCGUGCCGACCGGGCCCGCGACCCGCACUGGGGUCGCCGCCGCGGCUCAGCGCCCGGCGGGCUGGCCCGGAGCGGGCGGCGAACGGAUGCGUCGCGCCUGGCCCGGUGGGCGCCUGGCUUCGGAGACGCGCGCAUCCGCGCGCGCCCGUCCCGCGCCUGCAGAGAGGGUCCCCGCCGCCGCGCCACCGCCACGGCCGCACAGCCCGAGCGGGCGGCGGCCGGCCGGGAGCCUCCUUAG